GAGAGACCUUCAGCAAAUACAAGUUGGUGAAGUCGUUACUCCUCAGUCAAUAGCCACAACUGGUUAACCAGCUUGAUCUUUAUACGAGAGACAUGAUCCAGCUUAAAAAUGUCCGCAAUAUUGGCGGGUUAGCUACUGGUUUAGCUGCAGUCGCUGGAAUCUUUAAGGGAACUGGGAUUGGGGGCGCCAGCAUCCAAUCCUUGGUCUCACAUUUGCCCCUUGGGUGGUGGAGCAUUGGCGCGAUAUUCAUCGGUGGGAUCAUCGUAGGUAGCUGCGCACAGUCCGACAUCAAGACCAGUCUCAAGAAGAAGGAAAUGGUUCAAGAGUUUAAUUAUGACCUACAAGUCAUAACCAAUGCGGCCAACGAGGCGCGGAAAGACUUGGUCACAAUCAUAUGCAAAAAGAAUUUCAACAUUGAGCUCUCCAAACUAGGAGACCACGAGAAGAACGCAAUUCUGGAGAGCUUUGGAGUUGAUGUCAGUGCGAUCCGGCACAAGGAAUAUUGCGAGGCCCUCACCGGGGGUGGCACCAGCAAGCUCCUGGAGUUCUAUAGGAGGUUAACUGCGGAUUUCGAUCAGAUGAGAAAGGCUUGCGGAUUUGGUGUUGUCGUCGAAGAGAGCUGAGCGAGCGUUGUUUUAUAGACAGAUAUACAACGAAUUGGAUUGUUAAAGCCAGAAUAUCUGUAGAUGCAGAUUAUUUUCUUCAAUGUUAAUGACUACCUUUUCCGCUC